AUGGAUUUCUCCCUCCUCCUAGCGCUCACGGCCAUCGCCUUGCCCGUGCUCCUCCACCUCCUAACGAGAGCCAACAAGCCACGGCAUGGCACGAGGGCCAAGCUGCCCCCGGGCUCCCUGGGCCUGCCGCUGAUCGGCCAGAGCCUGGGCCUCCUCCGCGCCAUGCGCGCCAACACCGCCGAGCGGUGGAUCCAGGGCCGCGUCGACCGGUACGGCCCAGUGUCCAAGCUGUCGCUGUUCGGCGCGCCGACGGUGCUCCUGACCGGGCCGGCGGCCAACAAGUUCGUCUUCUUCAGCGGCGCGCUGGCGAUGCAGCAGCCCCGGUCCGUGCAGAGGAUCCUCGGGGAGCGGAGCCUCAUCGAGCUCACGGGCGCCGACCAGAGGCGCAUCCGCGGUGCGCUGACCGAGUUCCUCAAGCCGGACAUGCUGAGGCUGUACGUGGGCAGGAUCGACGGCGAGGUGCGCCGCCACCUCGACGCCGAGUGGGCCGGCCGGGGCGCCGUCACGGUGCUGCCGCUGAUGAAGCGGCUCACCUUCGACAUCAUCUCCUCGCUGCUCUUCGGCCUCGAGCGCGGCGCCGCCAGGGACGCCCUCGCCGCCGACUUCAAGCACCUCAUCGAUGGCAUGUGGGCCGUCCCCGUGGACCUGCCGUUCACAGCGUUCCACCGGAGCCUGAGGGCCAGCGCCAGGGCCCGCCGGGUCAUCGCCGGGAUCACGAGGGAGACGAAGGCCAGGCUGGAGCGCGGCGAGGCCUCCCGGAGCAGCGACCUCAUCGCGUGCCUGCUGAGCCUGACCGACGGCAGCGGCGCGCCGCAGCUGAGCGAGGAGGAGAUCGUCGAUAGCUCCAUGGUGACGCUCAUCGCUGGCCAUGACACCUCGUCCAUCCUCAUGACGUUCAUGGUCCGCCACGUCGCCAGCGACCCGGACACCCUCGCCGCCAUGGUCCAAGAGCACGACGAGAUCGCUGAGAGCAAGGGCGACGGCGAGGCCCUGGCAUGGGAGGACCUGGCGAAGAUGAAGUUCACGUGGCGCGUCGCGCUCGAGAUCCUCCGCAUGGUGCCUCCCAUCUUCGGCAACUUCAGGCGAGCAACCCAGGACAUCGAGUACGACGGCUACGUCAUCCCCAAAGGAUGGCAGGUGUUCUGGACGGCAAGCGUCACGCACAUGGACGCCGCCAUCUUCCACGAGCCGGCCAAGUUCGACCCGUCCAGGUUCAAGGACGGGUCGCCGGCGACGGCUCCGCCAUGUUCCUUCGUGGCGUUCGGCGGCGGGCCGAGGAUAUGCCCCGGGAUGGAGUUCGCCAGGAUCGAGACGCUGGUGACGAUGCAUUACCUGGUCAGGCGGUUCCGGUGGAAGCUCCUCUGCAAGGAAGACACAUUCGCGAGGGACCCCAUGCCGUCGCCGCUGCACGGCCUGCCCAUCCAACUUGAGAGCAAGUCCUCUCACUGAUAAGGACAAAAGGAUUGGCAGCGAACAUUUGAACAACGAACAGGGUUACACCAGAAAAGAUGCUCCAGAUGGUUUAUAGGAGUGUUUCGAAGAAUGUCAACCAUGUCUUGAUAUUAUUUUUAUACCAAAUGUUUAAGAGUUAAUAUUUAUAGGUUUGUAGUGCUUUAUGAACAUAUUAUUUUAGUA